AUGCAAAGUACACCAAAUGAAGAAGCAUGGGAAAGUAAAUUUAGUGCAUUACCAUUUUUUAGUGAUGAAGAACAAAUUAAACAAGGGAGAGAAUUAUAUAAAAGAUAUUUAGAAGAAUAUCCAACAGCAGUGAAUAGAUGGUGUGAAUAUAUUGAUUUAGAAAUGAAAUAUGGACAUAAUGAGAGAGAAAUAGAAGAAAUAUUCAGAAAAUGUUUAGUUCAAGUACCAGAUGUAGAGAUAGCAAAAAGAUAUAUUAAAUAUAUUAAUACAUGUUAUGAUGAUACAGAAAGGGAAGAUAUUGAUGAUAUUGAAUUAGCAAGAUUUAAGAAAAUUCAAGAAGGAGCAUAUUCAUAUGCAAUCAAAAUAGUUGGACUUGAUUUAAAUGCAAUAACAAUAUAUCGAGAAUUUAUAGAAUUUUUAUCAAAAAGUAGAAGUAAUGAAGUUACAAUGAAAAUAAUAAUGCAUAAUUUAACAAGAAUACCAAUGAAUGAACGACAAGAAAUGUAUUUAGAAUAUGAAGAAAAACUUGAUGAAGAAGAAAAGAAAAUUGAACAUCAAAUAUUUGAAACAACAAAAACAAGUCAAAUGAGAUUAACAACAUAUUAUAAUAGAAUUGAACAACAAAAAAAAAGUGAUCAUAUUAAUUAUUGUACAAAAUCAAAAAGUAUAAGAAGUAAAAGUUUACUUUUAACAUAUAUUGAAACAAUAAAUUAUGAAAGUAUGAUAGAAGGACAACCAAGAUAUGAAGAUGGAAAAUAUACAAUAAAUGGUACAGAUAAACAAUAUGAAAAUUGUCCACAUUCUAUUCAAAUGAAAGCAAAACAAGAAAGAAUUUAUUAUACAAUGAAUAAAAUGUUAUUAACAUUUUAUAGAUAUCCUCAAGCAUGGAUAAUAUGUGCACAAUAUUUUCAAAGAAGAGGAAAUAUUGAAUUAGCAAUAAAUUUUCUUGAAAGAGGAAGAGCUGCUGUUAAUUGUCCAUUAUUAAAAUUAUAUCAAUCAUUUUGUUUAAUGAUUCAAGGAAAUAUUGAAAAAGCACUUUCUUUAUUAAAUAAUCAAUCUGAAUUAGAACAAAUUUUUAAAUUAAAAAUUGCUGCUAAAGCUUAUAAAAUUAAUGAUUUUAGAAAAUUUUUUAUUGAUAUUCAAUCUAAUUUAAAACCUUAUGCUUUUAUUGUUGCUACUGAAAUUGAAUAUUUUAUCUUUGGAAGAAAAACUGCUUCUUUAAAACUCUUUCAACUUGCUUUAAAACGUUAUCCUAAUAGUCUUCCUAUUAUUAAAGCUUAUUAUCGUUUCCUUAAUUUAAUUACUCCUUCUCGUUUUAUCCCAAAUGCUUUAAAAUCUUAUGGUGAUUUUGAUUUAGAUCUUUAUAUGAAAAAUGCUAUUCUUCUUAAAUUUAAUCAUCUUCCUAAACCAAAAGAUACUAAUCUUUUCCUUAUCUCUCAUCGUUUAAUAAAUUCUAUUGGUGAAUCUUUUGAUGAUCAUCAAAUCUCUGAUGAUUCUUCUCUUUCUCAUUUCAAUUGGAAACCAAUCAAACCUGAACUCAAUAAAGAUAUUCUUAAAGAAUUGAUUUACAUCCUUCCUCCUCCAAAUCUUUAUCGUGGUAAAAAAAUAGAUAUUCUUCAAUUAUUGGAUAUUCUUAAUAAUCUUGUCAAUUAA